AUCGCUGUCAUGCUGGGCGCUGCUCUCCGCCGCUGCGCCGCAGCCGCCCGGGCCAGCCCUCGAGGCAGUCUGCACUCUGUUCCGGCCCCCGGCCCCGCCGCCGCUGUCCAGUCAGUUCGCUGCUACUCCCACGGGUCUCAUGAGACAGAUGAGGAGUUUGAUGCUCGCUGGGUGACAUACUUCAAUAAGCCAAAUAUUGAUGCUUGGGAAUUGCGUAAAGGAAUGAACACACUUGUUGGCUAUGAUCUGGUUCCAGAACCUAAAAUCAUUGAUGCUGCUUUGCGGGCAUGCAGGCGGUUAAAUGAUUUUGCUAGUGCUGUUCGCAUCCUAGAGGUUGUUAAGGACAAAGCAGGACCUCAUAAGGAAAUCUACCCCUAUGUCAUCCAGGAACUUAGACCAACUUUAAAUGAAUUGGGAAUCUCCACUCCAGAGGAACUGGGCCUUGACAAAGUAUAAACUCCCAUGGAUGGGCUUCCCAAGAAUUUAUUGGUAUUGCUACUUGAUUAUAAACAGUCACCUGGAAAUACUGAUGAUAACAUAUUACCUUAUUUGAAUAAGUUUUCCUUUAUUGAGUACCAAACCAUGUAAUGGUAACUGGAUCUUAAUAAAAGGGAAAUGACUUUGAACUGAAA